ACAGUGAAUCAUUGGCCACCUCCGAGUACAUAGCUGGCAGAUCUGUGAAGAUAACGUUGAUCUUUUACUUGACGUUUCUCCCUCGCACAGCCUAAAGAACAUUGUUGUGGCUGACGUGACAGCUAGCUUGUAAAGGUUUUUAACAGACCGGAAAUCCAUUAUAUAGAUUUAUUAGCCCGAUACACCGGUGUAUAGCUAGCUCUCGGUAGCUACCGUUUGUUACUUCAUUGAGCCAGACCGCCGGCGAGUACUAGCUAGCCCUCAAACCAAAAGCGUCAUCUGCUCUUGGUAGAAUAACAGCCCAAACUUUCGAACAGCUGUUUGCGUUACUGUGUUGUAUAUUUUUCUGAUAUAACGUGUCUUAAUUUGCCAUUGUUGGUCAUGGGGAUCCUGUUCACCAAGUUGAUGACUGUCUUCGGGGACAGAGAGCACAAAGUCAUCAUCGUGGGCCUGGACAAUGCAGGGAAGACCACAAUCCUUUACCAAUUUCUGACCAAGGAGGCGGUACACACCUCCCCCACCAUCGGCAGCAACGUGGAGGAGAUCACCGUGCGCAAGACCCGCUUCCUGGUGUGGGACAUCGGGGGGCAGGAGAGCCUUCGGGCCAGCUGGAGCUCCUACUACUGCAACACUGAGAUUGUGAUUCUGGUGGUGGACAGCACUGACCGGGAGCGCCUCACACUGACCAAGGAGGAACUGCAUCGCAUGCUGGCUCACGAGGAGCUGGAGAACGCGGCAGUGCUGAUCCUGGCCAACAAGCAGGACAUGAAGGGCUCGAUGACGGCGGCGGAGAUCUCGCAGUGCCUCACCCUCAGCUCCAUCACCGGCCACUCCUGGCACGUGCAGGCCUGCUGUGCCCUCACCGGGGAGGGACUCCCAGCCAGUUUGGACUGGAUGAGGUCGCGUGUCCUGGCCAGCUAAGAUCCAUUCCCCCUGAUUUGGACCAACGCAGUGUUAGCCAGGUUACACAUACCCUGGCCUCCUCGUGACCUCUUGGAUUCCCCACUACAGCCACAGCCCCCCAGGAUAAGGGCACCCACGCCGCUGAGAGUCCCUGACCGUGGUGCUGAGCCGCAGUGGGCCCUGGGACUUACUUGGCUCUUAUCUCGUUUCUUGAACUAGCCUGAGUCUGCCUGAGGAAAGAGGCAUUGGGAGGAACAGUUUCACUGGCCCUGGCCUGAAGCACACCUGGAUGUGUGCAUCUGCACUACAGUGGAACAAAUGUAUUCGCACAUUGCAGGUGUGCUGGGGUCCUGCGUGGCCCCAUCACACACUGACAGACGUAUGACUGUGAUGGCUCUGGCUGCCCUACCUUGGACUUAGCAGCAGCAUGUCGCAAGCCAGGGUUGACUGACAAGCAGUGGCAACAGAGCAAUGGCUGGUUCCUCCUGCCAAGCCCCUUUCUGCUGCAUUAACCUGACCUUUAAGUGUUACAAGUGGGCAAGAAGAAGUGGAUUAUGGGAUUGCUGGAUGCUCUCAGGCCCAUUUUCAGCAGCCUCAAAGCUAGUGUACUUUGUACAUGUACUUGAAGUAUGUAUGUCAAACAGCCUGAAAGUUUAUUUCAUGUUGUGAUUGUGGUAGCAUGCUGUAAAAAUCUUGUGAAUAAGUAUUGUAUUUUUGUACAAAAUAAAUGUCAUUAUGAAUGAAUUGGCAA